CCUCUCAGUCAGGCCCUCUCUGGGUCAGACAGGAACAAUAUGGCGCCGGGAGGAGCGUUAGCUUCUGGACCAGUCGUUGUCUGAAAGACUGGCAAUCCGGCAGGAUGAACCUCUGCGCCCAAUAUCUCCGACAGGCAGAGGCCCUGAAGGCUGACAUGACAGACUCUAAGCUCGGGGCGGCAGAGGUGUGGACGUCCCGGCAGGCCCUGCAGGACCUGUACCAGAAGAUGCUGGUGACGGACCUCGAGUACGCCCUGGACAAGAAAGUGGAGCAGGACCUGUGGAAUCAUGCUUUUAAGAACCAAAUCACCACACUGCAGAGCCAGGCCAAGAACCGAGCCAACCCCAACCGCAGCGAGGUCCAGGCCAACCUGUCGCUGUUCCUGGAGGCUGCCAGUGGGUUCUACACACAGCUGCUGCAGGAGCUGUGCACCGUGUUUAAUGUGGACCUGCCGUGUCGCGUCAAGUCGUCUCAGCUCGGCAUCAUCAGCAAUAAACAGAGCGGCACUGGCGCCAUCGUGACGCCGCAGCCCAGCUCCUGCUCCUACAUCUGCCAGCACUGCCUCGUCCACCUCGGAGACAUCGCACGUUACCGCAACCAGACGAGCCAGGCGGAAUCGUACUACAGACACGCAGCUCAGCUGGUGCCAUCAAACGGUCAGCCCUACAACCAGCUGGCCAUCCUGGCGUCCUCCAAAGGAGACCACCUCACCACCAUCUUCUACUACUGCCGCAGCAUCGCAGUCAAGUUCCCCUUCCCAGCAGCCUCCACCAACCUGCAGAAGGCGCUGUCCAAGGCUCUGGAGAGCCGCGAUGAGGUAAAAACCAAAUGGAGCGUGUCGGACUUCAUCCGGGCCUUCAUCAAGUUUCACGGUCACGUCUACCUGAGCAAGAGUCUCGACAAGCUGGACGCUCUGAGGGAGAAACUGGAGGAGCAGUUUCAGAGGCUGAUCUUGCAGAAAGCCUUCAGCUCUCAGCAGCUCGUCCACAUCACCGUCAUCAACCUGUUCGAGCUGCACCACCUCAGAGACCUGACAGCCGACAGCAGCGAGCAGAGCUACAGCAGCGAGCAGCAGAUCAGCUGGUUCCAGCUGCUCGGACUCUUCAUGUCCUUCCUGGGCGUCAUGUGCAGUCGAGCUCUGCUCAACAAGAACCGUGGAGAGGAGAUCAUGGGGGAGUGUCCUCUGCCCGCCAUCAAAGUGUCUCUGGACUGGCUCAAACUGAGACCCAGCGUCUUCCACGAGGCUGCUGUCGACAAGAGGCAGUACGUCUGGCCAUGGCUCGUCUCCAUCCUCAACAGCUUCCAGCCCAAAGAGGACGACGUGUCCUGUUCCUCAGUGACGCCCCUGCCAGAGGAAUUUGAGCUGCAGGGUUUCUUGGCGCUGCGGCCCGCUCUGAGGACUCUGGACUUCACUAAAGGUCAUCAGGGCAUCCUGGUGGACAGGGACGGUCUGCCGCUCCACACUCGACAUCAGAGGCUCGUCAGUCUGGGCAAAUGGGUGGCUGACAACCAGCCGAGGCUCGUCCAGUGUAGAGUGAGUGAGGACGGCCUGCUCGUAUUCAUCACUGACAUUCCAGAGCAGGCCAUCGAGGAGCCGCAGGAGAAGGAGGCGCCGGUGCUGCAGGAGUCAUCCAAUGGCGAGCAGACGCCCAACGACGGUGGGAACUCCGGUCUGAAGUCAGUGCUGUCGGCGGGGAAGACGCAGAGUUCGUGGCCAGAUGGCAGCGACCGACCCGUCGUCACGUUCAAGGAGAACAUCAAACCCAGAGAACAGAGCCGCGAGCCCACACGGAACCACCACCUGAAGGACAGCGGCAAAGAGCGGCGAGACUUCAGCAAAGGCAACGGGGCUGCUGGGAAAGGAGAGCUGAAGAGAGACGGGAAGAGGAAGAGCGAGCUGAAGAAAGCUGCUCAUGAGAAGAGUACCGACGCUGGCAAACAGGUGAAGGCUCAGACGGAGCUCAGGAAGACUCCGGUGUCCGAGGCGAAGAAGACGCCGGUCACUCAAACUCAAACCACCUGCUCCUCCCAGUUCAUCCCCAUCCACCAUCCUGGAGCUUUCCCACCACUGCCCAGCAGGCCAGGUUUCCCUCCCUCUGCCUAUGUGAUCCCGCCCCCAGUGGCGUUCCCAGGCCUUCAGGUGAAUCCGGGCUUCACUUUCUCCACUGGAGUGUCCGUUCCCGGACCUUUCCUCCAGCCGGGUGUCCACACGCAGGCCGGCUCUCAGGCCGGGAAGCAGUCCCACAUUCCCUACAGUCAGCAGAGGCCCUCUGGUCCCGGUCCAGGUCAGGGACCUGGGUCCUCGGGCCCCUCCCAGGGUCAGCAGCCCCAGACACAGCCGCCUUCCCAGCAGGCCUUGCAGCAGUCAGUCCAGCUGCAGGUUCAGGUGAUGAGUCAGCAGCAGCAGUCUCCCACCAAACCGGUCCAGCAGGUCGGGAUGGGGAAGAGCCCGCCUCACCACCCGGGGCUGCAGCAGUACAUGCAGGUCCAGGAUCAGCCGGCUCAGAUGUGGAACCAGGCUCAGGCUGCUCUGCAGAAGAUUUCUCCCAUGCAGAUGUCCAUGAAGCAGCCGCAGCAGCCUCAGCAGCAGCAGGCCUUCUACAUGGCGGCUCAGGAUCCUCUCAAGCUGUACGAGCACCAGCUGCAGCCUCAGCAGCAGCUCUCCAACAUGGACAAGAAGAUGAAAUACCCCAACGUAAAGAUGCAGGACUUCUAUUGGGAGCCGUCCUACAGGAUAGGGGACGGCCUGGCUGUGAUGGCAGACAGGAUGAAGAGGCCGCCUCCAGGUGGGAUCUGUCCUGAACAGGACCCCUCCUCUGGGCCCCGCGGACCCCCAUUUGAGGACAACAAGAGCUCGCCUCUUCUACCUCCUGACCUGUUAAAAACGCUAGCAGAUUUUGAGGAGGAGGAGGAGCUCGUCUUUUCUAAGCCUCCUGAUUUCUUCCAGGCCUUGGCUGGCCCUCUUAGCACUGCUCCUGGACCAAACAUAUUUCUGCCAAACCAGACCAGGAUGGAGAGCGGACCCGAGGUCGUCAGCCAAUCCUCUUCUCUCCUGCCCAUCUCUGGCUUCCCCAUGCAGGAGUACAAUCAGAACAGCAUCUUCAGUCAGGCCUACGGCAAGAACCUGCCGCCCAGCUCCAAGCCCGAUGCUCCCAUGAUGCACCAGGAGCCAUCCCUCUACUCCCUGUUCGAGGGGACUCCCUGGUCCCCCUCCCUGCCUGCCAGCUCAGAUCACUCCACCCCGGCCAGCCAAUCCCCUCACUCCUCCAACCCCAGCAGCCUGCCGUCCUCCCCCCCGACACACAACCACGGAGCCAUGCCCUUCUCCAACUUCGGGCCCAUUGGCACUCCGGACAGCCGGGACCGCAGGGUCGUGGACCGCUGGAAGGCCGACAAGACUGGUGCGGUCAGCGGGUUCGGACUGGACUACCUGCCGGCUGCAGCCUCCUCUGCAGCUUCAGACACCAGCUGGCACCAGGCCGGACCGACCGGCAGCUCCUGGACCAAUCAGGAGUCUCCGAUGGAGGAGUCGUCCUCCACCGUGCUGCUCGACAGCCUCAAGUCGAUCUGGUCGAGCUCCAUGAUGCAGCCGGGCCCGUCGGCGCUGGAGCAGCUCCUCCUGCAGCAGAAACAGAAGCAGCAGCGAGGUCACGGCGCCAUGAACCCGCCUCACUGAACGGCAGGCCGAGGCGGCGCUUUGUGUCCGGACAUCAACAAAACCACCACCAGGAGAAACGGGAGGAAAAAAAACAGAAGUUUGACGAAGACGAGCUCCAAUUAAAAUGGAAAAUUAAACCGGUGAGAAACGGUGGAGGCUGGGGAGGCGACGCGACCCCCCGACGAGGCUGAAACACCCCCCACCCCCCUCGACUGUCGAGGAGCGGUGACGCCCCUCCUGGACCGGAGGACGCGGGAUCUCUUCAACCGCGGUGCCACGCGCCACGCCACCGCCGGGUUUCCUUCAGCCCGCGGUAAUCUGAACAUUGAGGAACAUAACCCCCCCCUCACCACUGCGCCCCCCCUGGUUUUGGACAGACGCCACACCUCAGCACUCCUCUCUGGUCUGGAAGAAUUCUUCUUUCUUUGGAACUAAAACUAAAAAAUAAACGACCUCCUGGACGUCUGCUCGGCUCGCUCGGAGCGCCUGUUUUUAGCGUCUCCGCUGCCACAGACUGAAGCGGUGUGUUGUGAGAGAGCGAGGGCGGUGUGGUGAUCAGGUUCGGAGGGGGGAGGUCAGGUGAAGCAGCGGGGGUCAAAAUAAACUGGACUUUCUGAUCUCUCAUUCAUUUUCAUUACGGAGGAGGAGGAGGAGGAGGAGGAGGAGGAAGGCUCUCUGAAGGAACGGAGGACUGUUUGGUCGGUACAGCUAUAUAAAUAUAUAAAUAAAUAUAUAUUGCCAUAGUUGGACUUUAAACGGGCCUUGUCUCUUAGCCGUGUUGUGAGAAUGAGGACUGGACGCCAGGUGUUAACGCCACCUGGACUGAGUUCGCUCGCUGUCCGACCUUUGUGAAGGAGAAGCCUGGAGGCCGACGACGGACGGCUGGGCGGCGCCAGUAACCGUCACAGGGACGACAGAAGAGGGGAGGGGCUAAGAACACAACAACCCCGUCUCACUUAGGGAUAGUAUUACCGUUAGCUUCAAGAGAUUGCAGAUAUUAACAAAAAAAACCUGUAUUUUGUGAUUUGUUCGUAGCAGUUUUAGCUUCACGCCCUCUGAGGUGAAUACAGGUAUGUCUAUUAGCUUCCUGCUUGAAUAUUUUUGGGGUUCUCUUCCUCUCUGACCUCUAAUUCCUGUUAUUUCUUUACUUAACGAAGAAAAAGAAAAGAUGUAACCCUGCUCGCUUACUUAACCUGCAUUUACUGUUUCUUUUGUUCAUGUUCUGCCUUUUUACUAGUUUUAAGCAGCUGUCGGCUCUUCUGUACCUGCUCACUGUCCCGUUACUACUGACUGCUGUAGAGGUUUGCACCAGGCCGCAGGCAGGCAGGCAGGUAGACAGACAGGUGUAUACAGGUGUAUACAGGUAGUUGGCUCGGCCUGAAUGUUUUCCACUAUCUUUUCUUCUUUAACCACUACCGCAGCUCCACCCUGUACAGCAGAUUUUUGGUGAGUCGCAGCAUCUGCAGCUCUGCUGCUGUUUAACCUGGAACUGAAGCCCCUUCUCCACCUGAAAACGACAGAACCACAGGAACCAAACUCAGGAACUAAAAGCCCAUUUUGUACGGUCACUCUUUCAUGUCCCGUCACAUCUGAUGGAUUAAUCAGUUGGUUGUGAAACGGGUCAGAGAAAGCUGAAUGUCCCGGUGUUGUUCAGUCCAAUCUAAAAGAAAAGAGCAGAUGAUCUUUAAGUUCGACCUGACGAUUAUCAGCACUGAUCACGUUUCAGUUAAUUGACCUGCAGCUGUUUUUAAAAAUCUUCGUAUUGCUCAGCUGCAGUUUUCCACAGAUGAGCAGCUGAUCCAGCAUCUGUUUUAAAUAUUCUAUAUUUUGGUAUUUCUGUCUGAAAAAUGGGUGAAAUGAUUUCUUUUCACUGCAGCUGAGUCUGGUUUGAAAGGCGAAGGUGGACAGCACUUGUUUCAUUGGUUAUUUAUUUUUGCUGCCGCUCAUAGCGAACGAUUGCUCGCUAACUGCACCCUGAAUGUUCGGGUUCAUCUGAGUUCUUUUAGGUCCAGGAUCUAAAUGUUCCCCUGAAAGGUUCCUGAGUCCCUGAAGAGUUCCUGUGGUGGAAACUGGAAGAGUUCUGUUGACAUUCAGGGGUUUUAUUUCUGUGGUUUCCCCUCCUAGAGCAUUUACAUACCGUCACUCCUGAUUGGUGUAGAGCAGCGAGUGACAGUUGACCAAUCAGGUCGCUCAGAGGCUCAAACUAAAGGUCCUACAGGCUUCAGGCUGACAGGAAGUGACGGUUUAGACUGCAGCACUGUAAUUAACUUCCUGUCCAGUUUAAACCAGCAGACAGCCGUUUUUCUACCUUCACAGUGAAACACUCAUCGUUUGGUUCCUCGGGAUUAAAAAAAAAAAUCAAAGCCUGUUUUUAUUUUCCCGCCGAGGUGUUUUAUUGAAGCAGACUCAGAGAGACGUGUCUAUUUUCCGUGUGAUUGUGCUUUUCAUGUUGCAUUUACAAAAUGUAUUUGAAAAUAAUAAAGAUAAAAUAUUAAUGAAUGUGAGGACGAAUUUGGCCAGAAGUGUCAAGGAGAGAAGAAUAAAAGAUCCUGUUUGUUUUCAUGUUUAAGAUGACCACAUGGAUCUGAGCUGGUUCUGGUUCUGGUUCUAGUGGCCUUUUUGUUUUUUUGGACUAAGAGCUGAAUGGACCGGGGUCUGUCGGUGACAUUCCACUCUGUAAGAUGUUCGGGAGGUUUCAGGGCGGCGGGUCCUCGUAGUCGCAGCUCUGAGGGAAACAUCGGACCUGAGCUUUGACUUCUGAGGCUUCUUGUGUUUCCGUCUCUCUGUAGACUUUCAGAACCGGCGGGUCAGCCUUUAAAUAAACCUUAACUAUGUUCUCCCUUGA